UAUUUUGACUUAAAUGAAGACCCGUAGAGAAGGGUGAUAUAUAAACAACGAAUCCAAGCAUUCUGUGGGGAAAAAAAUAAGGUCGUACAUUGUUUUCAUUUUUGUCUAACAUUUCGAAUUCAUGGACUGACACAUCAGUCAGCUUAUCAUUUGUUCACUUCCUCUUCGCCGCACCUCGGAUUUGACGCUCGCUUUGCAUCACUGGCCUGGCGGUGAAUCAUCUUUGGGCUACGGGGAUGCUGCACCUGUAAACUGGACCAUCGCGGUUAGCUAUUUUGCACUGUAUAUUGUGACUUCAGAAUGGAGGAAAUACUGCGGAAGCUACAGAAAGACGCAUCUGGACACAAAAAUAAAGCGAUCCGUGAUGCGUGCGUAGUCGCUUGUGAAACCCUUAAGGCUCAAAAUGGAUCUUUCAAAAUCCCACCAUCUCAGCUGAGGGAGCGAUGCCUUCUGCCUCUUCAGAUGGCUCUGGAGUCCAAAAGCACCAAGCUGGCCCAGACUGCCCUCUCUGGGAUGCAGAAGAUCCUGUGUGACGACCGUUUUGUGGGGGUGGGGGUGGAGGUGCGUGAGCGUCAGAUGCUGAGUCAGAUGUUAGAGGCGGUCAGAGUGACCCCAUCCCUCCACGAAGACCUUCAGGUGGAGGUGAUGAAGGUCCUGUUAUGCAUCACCUACUCCUCCACCUUUGAAAUCAACGGUGACUCCAUCCUCAGGAUAGCUGACGUGUGUAUCGAGACCUACAUGUCCAGCUGUCACCAGCGUAGCAUCAACACAGCGGUGAGAGCCACCCUCAGCCAGAUCCUGGGAGAUCUCACCCUACAGCUCCGACACAGACAGGAGGGAGUGGAUGGAGAGGAGAUCUCGGUGCCCCCUCUUCAGCGCAGAGAUGUGUCUCCUACCACCCAGUCUCUGUGUGAGGACGUGGUGACUGUGAUGACUGUCUUCUGUGAGAAAGUAGAGGGCGUUGACAGUGAGAACCAACUGCUGCAGCUUCUCUUCCUGGAGUGUAUCCUCUCGAUGCUCUCCAGCUGUCCUCCCACAAUGCAUCUGUACAGGGGCUUCACCGACCUCAUCUGGAAACAGCUAUGUCCAUCCCUGGUGGUGCUGCUGGGAAAUCCAGUCAAUGACAAAACCAUAACCUCCGCCCACACUGGAGGGGGAGGUGCAGGAGGAGUGGCAGGGGGGUACAGCUCCGGGGGUCUCGGGGAGGUGGAACUCUCCCAGGGUGGGGUGUCUGACCAGGGCCGGGGGUCAGGCUGCUCCUCCAGCGCCCCCGCCAGGAUCGCCCCGGUGGUGCGCACCAUCUGCUACAUUGCAGCGGAGCUGGUUCGCUUGGUGGGCUGUGUGGAGUCCAUGAAGCCUGUGCUGCAGUCUGUGUACCACCGCAUCCUGCUCUACCCCCCGCCCCAGCACCGCGUGGAGGCCAUACGCAUCAUGAAGGAGAUCCUAGGCAGUCCCCAGCGCCUGUUUGACCUGGCAGGUCCCUAUGUCACCGAGCCGGAGACCAGGAAGCGCUCCUUCUCCAAGAGGAAGUCCCACCUGGACCUGCUCAAACUGGUAAUGGAUGGCAUGACGGAGGCGUGUAUGAAGGGGGGCAUCGAGGCGUGCUACUCGUCCGUGUCCUGUGCAUGCGCCCUGCUCGGAGCUCUGGACGAGCUGUCUCAUGGGCGGGGCCUGCAGUCCGAACAGGCCCGCCUGCUGCUGCGCCGAUUGGAUGACCUAAAGGAAGGGGCGGAGUCGACGCGGGAGUCUAUGGAGAUCAACGAGGCCGACUUCCAGUGGCAGCGCCGCGUCCUGUCUUCUGAGCACGCUCCGUGGGAGGCCCCCGCCCCUGAACGCAGCCCCGACAUCAGCAUCAGCGUUACCACAGAGACGGGCCAGACCACUCUGGAGGGGGAGUUGGGUCAGACCACUCCGGAGGAGUGCAAGGAGGAGCCACGUCUGCCCUCGCCCUCUUCCUGCGGUCAGGAGACCGACCCUGACCUGCCGGCCUGUACCAGAGAGCCGGGGGUGGAGCCAGGAGUGGGGGCACCGCCAGACGUGGUCCAGCGAAGCCACGCCCUUGUCUACCCAGACAUCACCAACUUCCUGUCGGUGGAGUCGAGGGCCCGGUCCCACGGCUCGCGCUACAGCGAGAGCAACUUCAGCGUGGACGAGCAGGAGCUGUCACGGACGGAGUUCGACUCGUGUGACCAGUACUCCAUGGCGGCGGAGAAGGAUUCCGGAAGGUCUGACGUGUCGGACAUGGGCUCGGACAACUGCUCUCUGGCGGAGGAGGAACAGACGCCACGGGACUGCCCCGGACACCGCUCCCUCCGGACCGCUGCCCUGUCUCUCAAGCUGCUGAGAAACCAGGAAGCGGACCAGCAGAGUUCUCGUCUGUUUGUCCAAUCCCUGUUGGCCCUGCUGCCACGCCUGCUUGGCAUGGGCAGCACCACUGACGUGGACACUUCCCUCCAGAACUUUUCCUCCACCUUCUGCUCUGGUUUGCAGGCUGGGGGCAUCCACUCGCCAGGCUUGGAGGGCGGGGAGAGCCUGAGCUGCCAGGCCCUGAUGAACGCCGACGGCCUCUACCUGGUCUCCUACUACGCUCUGCUGCUCAACCUCAAGCUCUGCUGCUGCGACUACUACCGCAGGAGAACCAUGCCCGCCCUGGUCAGCCUGAAGGAGUUUGUGCGUCUGAUCCAGAGCAGCGGGGUCCUGGUGGUCCUGUCCCAGGCCUGGAUAGAGGAGCUCUACAACCAGGUACUGGACCGGAACCUGCUGGGGGAGGCCGGCUACUGGGGCGCUCCAGAGGACCACAGCCUGCCCCUCAUCACCAUGCUCACAGACAUUGAUGGUCUGGGCAGCAGUGCCAUUGGAGGGCAGCUGAUCCGGAAGGCUUCCUCCCAGUCUCCCUUCAGCUGCGACAGGGCAGGCAGCGACUCCAUCAUGGCAGGCAAGGUGUUUGCCCGCUACAUCUUGACUGGCGUGUGGAAGAACCUGAUGGACACUCUGUCCACGCCGCUGACGGGGCGCAUGGCGGGCAGCACCAAGGGGCUGGCCUUCAUCCUGGGAGCGGAGGGGGUGAAGGAGCAGAGCCAGCGGGAGAGAGACACCAUCUGCCUCAGCCUGGACGGCCUGCGCAAGGCCGCCGCUCUGAGCUGCGCUCUGGGUGUGGCGGCCAACUGUGCCUCGGCUCUGGCCCAGAUGGCCGCGGCGUCCUGUGUGCAGGAGGAGAGGGAGGAGAGGGAGGGGGGCGAGUCAGGAGAUGCCAUCACACAAGUCAAGCAGCGCCUGGAGCAGAUGAGCCGCCCUCAGGGUGUCCGCCUGCACACGGCUCAUGUUCUCUGCAUGGACGCCAUCCUCAAUGUGGGCCUGGAGAUGGGGAGCCACAACCAGGACUGCUGGCCUCACAUCUUCAGGGUGAGCGAGUAUGUCAGCUCCCUAGAACACACCCACUUCAGUGACGGCUCCUCCCAGCCCACCAUGACCAUCACCCAGGCCCAGCAGGCCGUAGACCUGGGGCUGGAGUUGAGUGGCGAAGCCUGUGGGGAGGCAACAGAGCUGGGCCUGAGCCAGCCCGUCAUCCAGCCCCUCUCCAUCCAGGAGCUGUUGAGAGAGAGCGGCAGGGGGAAAGGUCUGGACGCGCGCAGCGGGAGCCUGAUGACCGGCACCAGCGCUGCCAAGGCUGUCUGUUCCCUGUCCACUCAGGCUGACCGGCUAUUUGAGGAAGCUGCCACCAAGCUGAACCUGGUGGCCCUGGUGGGUUUCUUCCACCAGCUGAGGAGAGCGUCCCAGUCACAGCUCUUUUACAUGGUCACAGAGACAGGAGACUACUCUCUGGCCAUGCCAGGCGAGGCCAGGUCCACCCUGGACAGACAGAGCGCCCUGCACCUGUUCCGCCUGGGGGAGGCCAUGCUGCGCAUCGUCAGGAACAAGAGUAGACCUCUCCUGCACAUGAUGAGGGCCUGGAGCGUGGUGGCGCCACACCUGGUGGAGGCUGCAUGCCACAAGGAACGUCACGUUUCCCAGAAGGCCGUGUCCUUCAUUCACGACGUCCUGACCGAGGUCCUGACCAGCUGGGCGGAGCUUCCGCACUUUCACUUCAACGAGGCGCUGUUCCGCCCCUUCGAGCACAUCAUGCAGCUGGAGCUGUGUGAUGAGGAUGUGCAGGACCAGGUGGUGACGUCCAUCGGGGAGGUGGUGGAGAUGUGUUCCCCUCUGAUCCUGUCUGGAUGGAGGCCUCUCUUUAGCGCGCUCCGAACCGUCCAUGGCAACAAGACUGACACUAAAGACUAUCUGAUAGGAGAAUACUCCAUGGGGAAGUCCCAGGCACCGGUGUUUGAUGUGUUUGAAGCCUUCAUCAACACAGACAACAUCCAGGUGUUUGCCAAUGCAGCCACAGACUACAUCAUGUGCCUUAUGAAGUUUGUCAAAGGCUUAGGAGAAGUGGACUAUAAGGAGAUAGGAGACUGUAUCAAUGCCUCCACACACAGCUCCACUGACCUUUGCCUGCCUGCACUGGACUACCUAAGGAAGUGUUCGCAGCUGCUGGCCAACAUCUACAAGAUGCCUUGCAAGCCUGUGUUCCUGGGGGCACGGCUGGCCAGUCUACCACUGAGAGGGCAGGAGAGGUCGGUGAGCAGUGAGGAUGGCAUGGACUGUGUCCUGGCUGAGUUUGAUGACGACACAGGUCUGAUGCAGGUGUGGAUCCUGCUGCUGGAGCAGCUGACUGCAGCCGUUUCCACGUGCCCCCGCCAGCACCAGCCCCCCACCCUGGACCUGCUCUUCACCCUCCUGCGAGAGGUCACACACAUACCAGGGCCCGGUUUUGCCAUUUUCUCUGUCAUUCAGCUGCUCCUCCCAGUAAUGGCACUGUGGCUCCAGCGUAGCCAUGGCGACCACUCCUACUGGGACGUUGCGGCGGCUAACUUCAAGCACGCCAUCGGUCUGUGCUGCGAGCUGGUGGUGGAGCAUGUCAACAGCUUCAUUCACGCAGAUAUUGGCUAUGAGAACCUGAUCAACCUGAUGCUGAAGGAUCUGUUCAAGCUGCUGGUCGCCUGCGUGGCUGAGCCUGCUGAAGCCAUCUCCAGAGUAGGCUGCUCCUGCAUCAGGUAUGUGUUGGUUACUGUCGGGCCUGUCUUCACUGAGGAGAUGUGGAGGCUGGCAUGCUGUGCUCUUCAAGACGCCUUCUCUGCCACUUUGGAGCCUGUCAAGAACCUGCUCGCAUGCUUCCGUAGUGGUUCAGACAGUUUCUCUGGGGACGCGUGUGAGGUGAAGUUGGCAGCUCCUUCCCACUCCCCCGCUGCGGAGGCAGAGUACUGGAGGAUCAGAGCCAUGGCCCAGCAGGUCUUCAUGCUCGACACUCAGUGCUCCCCCAAGACCCCCAACAACAAGGAGGGCUUUGAGCACGCUCAGUCCUGCGUGCUCAUCAUCGAGCUGCCUUCGGACCAGCAGUCAAAUGGUCACACUCAGAAAAGGAUCCCGUUCCGGACUAUCGUGGUGAGCCUGCUGUCCCACCAGGUCCUGCUCCAGAACCUGUAUGACAUCCUACUGGAAGAGUUUGUCAAACAGCCUGAGGGUCAGGAUAGGGUCACGCCCGUGACCUCUGACCCCAAGCCGGCCGGCUUCCUGCGCUACGUCUCCAUGACCAACCUGGCCAUCAUCUUCGACCUGCUGCUGGACUCAUACCGGACCGCCCGGGACUUUGACACGCGCCCAGGUCUCAAGUACCUGCUGAUGAAGGUGUCUGGCGUGUGUGGUGCCGCAAACCUGUACCGCCAGUCCGCCAUGAGCUUUAACAUAUACUUCCAGGCGCUGCUGUGUGCCACUCUGAGCCAGCAGGACAACAUGACGGCCGUCCACGUGAAGAAGAUACUGUACGAGGAGGAGGAGGGCGGCUCCGACUCCUCCCACCCCGGCUCGGCGUCCUCGGAGGACGAGGACAUCUUCGAGGAGACGGCCCAGGUGAGCCCGCCGCGGGGGCGGGACAAGCGCCAGUGGCGUGCCCAGAUCCCCUCCCUGAGCGUGGCCCCUCUGGGCAGCGCCGACUGGGCCUGGCUGGUCAAGAGGCUCCACAAGCUGUGCAUGGACCUCUGCAACAGCUACAUCCAGAUGCACCUGGACCUGGAGAGCAGUCUGGACCAGACCCCCCUUCCCAGAGGGGGCGGAGGAGGGGAUCCCCUUUUCUUCCUGCCCCUCUUCCCCUCCGAAACCUCCACCCCCUCCACCAGCGGGGGGCUGUCCGGGAGAGGGACCCCCUCCGAGGACGGCUCCCGCUGCCACCCAGGGGACACCCCCUCGGAGGAGGCCUCGAGCCCGGCCUACAGCACCAGCCUGGGCAGCCUGAGGGGGGAGAGGAAGGGGGAGGUGGCGGGAGGGGUAGGGGGGAUGGAAGGGGUGGGAGGAGUGGGGGGGAUGGGGGGUCGGAGGAAGGAGUGGUGGGAGAGCGCCGGGAACAAACUGUACACCAUCGCCACCGACAAGACCCUCAGCAAGCUGAUGCUGGAGUACAAGAGGAGAAAGCAGCAGCAGCAGCAUAGCCACGCCCCCGUCUUCCUGAAGGAGACCAAGAUGGCCGCCGGGGGGGACAGGCGGGUUCCAGAGUCGCCGGUGGCUGCCGCGCCGCCCCCGAGGCCCCAGCAGCUGGUGGACCCGGGGCCCAUGAGGCACUCUGUCAGCGCGGGGCCCGAGGUGCUACGACAGGACAAGAGGCCGCGCUCUGCGUCCACCGUCAGCUCCCACAACGUCUCCCUCAGAGACGCUGAGGCCCAAAUACAGGCAUGGACUAACAUGGUUCUGACGGUGCUGAACCAGAUUCUGCUCCUCCCUGACUCCACCUUCCUGGCCCUGCAGCCCGCCCUCUUCCCCUGUGUCAGUCAGCUGACCUGUCAUGUGACAGACGCCCGCGUACGCCAGGCACUACGCGAGUGGCUGGGGAGAGUAGGGCGGGUCUAUGAUAUUAUUCUGUGAUUGGCAGGCCGACUCACCAAUGGGAGUUGUGUUACGUAGCUAAUAGUAUUCUGUUAUUGAAGUCAUGCUUUCUUAUGCUGUGAGCUUUAUCCCUACCAUCCACUCAUUGAAACAGUGAAAGCUGUCUAGAAAUGCUUUUCUAUUUUUUACAAACUAUCGUAUAUACAUAUUUAUUGUCCCCCUUGUAUCUUCAUGUAUUUGUCUUGAGAAUGUAUUAUUUAUGGAAAUGCUUUUGGAUCAGAUUGUGUGCCAUACUGUAUGAAAUGAUCAGAUCUGAUCAUCUUUACCUUUCUUUGUGCUUGGUCAGUGGUUGGUAUAUUGCACUCCUUAUAUGACACAAUGUCUGUCUUCAGAAACACUGCACUCUAUGACUAUAGGCUUAAAAGUCCAGCCCACUCCUAGCAGACCAUCCUUACGUCUAUCCUACUGUACGCUACACCAGUCAACCAAGGGGGCUGGCAAAGUUCAUUGGAAGUGCAGAGUGUGGCUUUAGAACUGGGACACAGGAAGCAGAGGGGCUAUAAUGAGUCAAACCGCCCGUGAGUCAGCUGGGCAGCAGCUCGCUCAGUCGGGCCAUGAAGCGGUCAUUACCCCCAGGGUUUACUCUGUCUCUCUCCCUGGGAGGGUGGGAGAGUAGUGACCCUAAUCCAGGCCUCGGCUGAGAGUUGCUGACCUGGCCUGGCAGUUUCAUCGUAGAUGGCUGGACACACAGCAGCCCCAUCCAGCAGCCCCAUCCAGCAGCCCCAUCCAGCAGCCCCAUCCAGCAGCCCCAUCCAGCAGCCCCAUCCAGCAGCCCCAUCCAGCAGCCCCAUCCAGCGCUGGGAUACUUAACAACUUUUAUAAUCAUCAUCAGCCCACCCCCCCACCCCCUCCACCUCCCUGUUCGCUCUGUGUAACAACCUCACUCUCUCGUUCUAUCAAUUUCUCAAUCUCUUAUCUAUCUUUAACCCCCCCCCCUUCCUUUCCCAGCCUCAUCCCACGACUGUCUGAGAAGUUAGGAAGGAAUUGAGGGCACAGACUGUGGCACAAACAUGCUGGAAAUAUUCGUAUUGCUAUUUUCCCUCAUUGCAUGCUGUCGAUGCAUGUAAAGUUGGAAUUGAAUUAUUGUGGCAACAUGCUGUUUGAAUAGAAUAUGCAGUUCUUCAAAUCAAUUUUCCUCUUGUUAAACCUCUGUGUUUGAAGUCAGACGGUCUCUUAUCUGCUUACGAAAUGUUGCUGCUGUUAGUUGGCACAGAUCUUGAGCCUAAACAUUCCUUACACAGUAUUAAGACAUUAGACAUUCGGUUAAGAUAAGACAUUCGGUUAAAUGUCUUAUCUUUGACUUUAAGAUGGGAAUGGGAGUAAAGAUGACAACCUGCUACAGUACAAGGUACUACUGUAUGUAUGCUGAUCCACCUUAUGCCUCUCCACUCCUGGUGGUGUCAGGCAGACGGCUAGUUCUGUGUGUCUGUGUUGAAGCCAAACACUGUAGACGGCUGCAUGAUGUGCAAUAGGAGAGAGAUGGGCGUAUCUGUUAAUCCUUUUUUU